GGGCAUGGAAGCUUUGCAGCGAUGAGAUGGCUUAUGUUUUUCGUCUUGCCGCAGGUUAGUAGUCGUAAACCCUGCCACUGUUUUAGGUCGAAUUAUGUUUGCCUAGUUGUGCUUCCAUGCCCCGGAGCUUUUAUUGAAUCUUUUAAAGCGUGUAUUGAAUCUUUCAGAGCUUUGUUGCUUUUGUUGUCUGGGGAUGUAGAGAAGAACCCAGGCCCUAUGAGCAAGCAACAAGAGGAUGAAUUCCUUGCGCUUGUGCAGACGGUCGCGAAACUUCAGAGUAGCCUUGCUCUUCUGCAACAAGAGGUAAACCUACUAACACAGAAAAACAUAGAAAGCGUAAAAUCUGCUUCCGCUCUGGAAGAACGCGUUAUCAACCUAACAACUGAACUCGACUUACUAAAGCAGAAGGAAAUUGGUAACGUCACACCUACCGAACCUCAGCUUACUACAGCUCUAAAUGAACUUUCGCAGCUGAAAACUCGUUGUGACGACGCGGAGGGCAGAUCCCGUCGUAACAACCUUCUAUUUUUUGGCGUCACUGACACCGAUAGGGAAACGUGGGCCCAGUCCGAGGGCUUGGUAACCGGCCUGUGUUCCAGUAACCUAGGCGUGAAUAUCGAAUCAAGCAAAAUUGAAAGAGCGCACCGCUUGGGAGCGUUCAAUCCACAGAAAUGUCGCCCUAUAAUUGUGAAGUUUUCAUCAUUUAAGGAUAAAGAGGGCAUUCUUUCGUCGGCAUUUAAGCACAAAGGAACACGUGUAGCAAUCAGUGAAGAUUUUCCCAUUUCUGUCCGACUUGCGCGCCGUCACCUUCUUGAUUUUGCCAAGCCUAAAGGCACGACUUACAAGCUGCGUCACGAUAAGCUGUUUUUAGAUAAUAAGUGUUUUGUAUAUGACGCCGCUCUCGGUGCCGUGAAGGAAAAAAGUGCAUAG